UCGACGACCACCCUGCCGAUUGUCUCGGACUUUUUAACGAAUAUACUCGAAACCGUGCAGGGGCCGUGACAGCGUGCAAGGUAAGUAACGCCCAUAGCGGUAUAUCAUGCUCACUCCCCUGCAGGGCGGUCGCAGCUCCGGGAGGGAGACAACCGCUGAGAAAAAUAGUAGGAUUGAACAGUCCCACCUGGACCCACCGUACGUGGGACGUCCCACGGCGAGGGCGUCCUGCGUAUGUAUACUGGGACGGUUCAAUUCUGCGGUUUUCAACAGCGGUUAUCCCACGGGAGGCAACCCCAGGCCCGGUACUCGGCCACGAUCGCUCGCUGACAUAUGGCUGCCGUUUGCCUAUAGAGACCACAAUGCCAGCGGCAGCUUGCCAGGUUACUCGGUUCGUCAACAAGACCACCGGGAUGCGACCCUGCAUACCUGACAUGAACUCCUCAGGGUGUGGGCGACGAUAUAAGCGAGAGGGUAGUGGUGGUUCACAGGUAACGCUCCAGCU